UGGCAUAGUAAAAAUCUUAGUGUUCUUCAGUCAUCAUGUUUCUCUCAGUUACUAAAGCUUGAAAAUUGUGUGACAGUUGCUCCUAGGUUUCUGAGGCAGCCGGCCAACGCUCUCGCCUAUGAGAAGGAGAACGUGGAGCUGGAGUGCAGCGUGUACGGCCAGCCAGAGCCCUCGCUCCACUGGCUCAAGAACGGCGAGCUGCUGGUGGAGACGGAAUACCUUCAGAGUGUGAGCGGCAACAACCUGCAGAUCCUUGGCCUGGUGCGCCAGGAGUACUCCGGGAUGUACCAGUGUGUGGCGCACAGCUCGCUGGGGACGCCCAGCUGUGUGUCCUUGAGUCAAAGAACGCGUCCAGAACGUGAGUGCAGCUCCUCCAGCGAGGGACGGGAUGAAUACAAGACCCAGAUCAGCGACCUAAGUCCCGGGAGUAACUACAUGGUGCGGGUGGCGGCCCACACCUCCGGCGGCCUGGUGGGCGCCUCCAUACACGAGGUGCGGGUGUUCACCAAGCCGGACCUGGACCUGCCCUCCGCCUCAGAGUCUGAAAGUUGUCUCCACCUCACCCACCAGUCUGGAGGCCACUUGGUCGCCGCCCGUACUGGCCAAAACGCCCAUCACGGGAUACACCAUGUUCUAUACGCAGGUGUGGACGGCCUUAUAGAACUGUGUGCUAAAUGUGGAGUCUCUGUUGCCUAACAAAAGUCUCCCCAUAUCCUUGUGUGUCAUUAGUGACCUUCCUUUGAGUAGAGGGUGACCAUAGCCUUGUGUUUGUACAAGUCC